UUCAGCUCAUUUUUCCCCGCCAAACUGGUCGCCAGAAUGAGCCUUCUGAACCGAGCCGCUUCGCUCUCACUCCCACAGAGCCUCACCUACUUCCCACGCGAAUCGAGUGCGGCUGUCGCGUCGUCGGCCCGUUUCCCGCGUUCGGACUCGCUUCUUCUCCGUCCGCCGUAUUCUGCAGUGCAAUGCUGCCCCUUGGUUCCUAGGCGCAUUUCCUCCCAGUCACUCUCCCGCUCUUCCCGUCGCCUCGCACGGUGCGAUUCACAGCGCGACUCACGGCGCGAUUCACGGUUCAUGGCGGCAAGAAGCAGCAUCAGCGGGGGUGGCGGAAGCGAAGCGGGCGAGGUCCAGGCAGAGGAGAGAUCGGGAUCGGACGGUUCACAGAGCCUCGCGACGCGGAUCCUUCACUAUAAGGGCGCGGACUUCGAUCCGUAUGGCGCCGUCAGCACGCCUAUCUACCAGACGGCGACAUUCCGGCAGGUCUCUGCAACGGAGAACAACGCGUAUGACUACACUCGCAGUGGUAACCCGACACGGGAUGCCUUCGAGAAGCUCCUAGCAGAGGUCGAGGGAGCCCACCGUGCCUUUGCCUUUAGCACGGGGAUGGCAGCACUUGCUGCAGCUACCAGACUGGUUACCACUGGCUCGUCCAUCGUGGCGGGUGACGAUAUCUAUGGGGGCACAGACCGGCUGCUUUCAAGAAUCGUGCCUCGCGCAGGAGUUGCUGUCAGGCGUGUGGACACAACGGACCUAGAGGCAGUGAGGGCGGCUGUCACGGAGGGCACGAAGCUAGUGAUAAUGGAGAGCCCGACCAAUCCUCGGAUGAUGAUCAGUGAUAUAGGGGCCAUUGCAGAGAUUGCCCAUUCCGUGGGUGCACUACUAUUGGUUGACAACAGCAUCAUGUCGCCGGUGCUCUCGAAGCCGCUGCAGUUGGGAGCAGACAUUGUGAUGCACAGUGCGACCAAGUUCAUCAGCGGGCACAGCGACGUUAUGGCUGGGGUGCUGGCUGUUAACAACCCGGACUUGGCUCGCGAGAUCUAUUUCGUGCAGAACGCGGAGGGCUCUGGUCUGAGCCCGUUUGACUGCUGGGUGUGCCUGCGAGGAAUCAAGACCAUGCCGCUACGACUGGAGCGGCAGCAGGCCAAUGCACAGAAGAUAGCCGAGUUCCUCGCCAGCCACGCUCGAGUGGAGAGGGUGUUCUACGCCGGUCUGCCCUCGCAUGCCAACCGCGACCUGCACUUCUCUCAGGCCAAGGGUGCGGGGUCGGUGCUCAGUUUCAACACAGGCAACAUCAACGCGUCGAAGCACAUUGUUGAGACAAUGAAGCUUGCCAACAUUGCCGUCAGCUUCGGCAGUGUGGCCACAUCCAUCAGCCUGCCGUGCUUCAUGUCGCAUGCCAGCAUACCGGCUGAAGUGCGCAAGGAGAGGGGCCUGGUCGAAGACCUCAUUCGCCUCUCGGUGGGCAUCGAGGACGUGGAUGACCUCAUUGCUGAUUUGGGGAACGCCAUAGACACAGCUCCAUUUUCAUAAGUUAACAUUGAAUUUCGAACACAUGGGAGUAGGUAGAUACUCCUUUUUACUUCGGCAUAAAAUGCAUUAUGGAAUCUUUGUAAGAUGUGAAUUUGAGAUCUAGGCUAAUCCAUGUACAUUAGCACAACACAACUUGC